AUGUCUAAGGGAAAGGUCUGUCUUGCUUACUCUGGAGGUUUGGAUACUUCUUGUAUCCUUGCUUGGUUGUUGGAGGAGGGGUAUGAGGUCAUCUGCUUCAUGGCCGACGUUGGUCAAGAGGAAGACUUCGAGGCUGCUAAGGCAAAGGCCCUGAAGAUCGGUGCUUUAAAGGUCUACGUUGAGGAUAUCCGCAAGGAGUUUGUCGAGGAGUUCUGCUUCCCCGCUAUUCAGUGCAAUGCCAUCUACGAGAAUGUUUACCUCCUCGGUACAUCUCUCGCUCGCCCUGUUAUUGCUCGUGCCCAGAUCUCUGUUGCUGAGAAGGAGGGUUGCGCCUACGUUUCUCACGGUUGCACCGGAAAGGGUAAUGAUCAAGUUCGUUUUGAGCUUGCCUUCUACGCCCUCAAGCCUGAUAUCAAGGUCAUUGCGCCAUGGCGUCUUCCUGUCUUCUACGAACGUUUCGCUGGACGCAACGAUCUCCUUGAGUAUGCCGACAAGUGCGGCAUCCCCGUCUCACAAACCAAGGCUAAGCCAUGGUCCAUGGACGAGAACCUUGCCCACUGCUCUUUUGAGGCCGGAAUUCUCGAGGACCCCAACAUGACCCCAUUGAAGGACAUGUGGAAGCUCACCAUCGACCCCCUCGACGCCCCCGAGCAGCCGCAGGACUUUACCCUUCACUUCGAGAAGGGUCUUCCCGUCAAGCUUGUCACCGAUUCUAAGACCUACACCGAGCCUCUGGAGCUCUUCCUCGCCGCGAACGCCAUUGCGAGGGCCCAUGGUGUUGGACGUAUCGAUAUCGUCGAGAACAGAUUCAUUGGAUUGAAGUCCCGUGGAUGCUACGAGACCCCUGGUCUGACCAUCUUGAGGUCUGCUCACAUUGACCUUGAGGGACUCGUUCUCGACCGUGAGGUCCGCGCCUUGAGGGAUCAGUUCGUUACCUACAACUACUCCAAGCUUCUCUACAACGGCCUCUACUUCUCUCCCGAGCGUGAGUUCUUGGAGGGCUCAAUUGCCGCGUCCCAGAAGACCGUCAACGGAACCGUCAGGUGCAGGGUUUACAAGGGAUCCUUCAUUGUCCUUGGAAGGAGCUCAGACACAGAGAAGCUCUACGACAUGUCCGAGAGCUCCAUGGAUGAGAUUGGCGACUUUGCGCCUUCAGACUCUGCUGGUUUCAUUGCUGUCCAGGCUAUCAGGCUCAAGAAGUACGGAAAGAAGAAGAUCGAGAUUGGUGAGAAGUUGUAA